AAGUCGAUGGGGAUGGAGGGGUUCCUCGUCACGGAAAAAAAAACAAAAAAACAAAAAACAAAAUAAUUUCAAAGACAAAGUUGACAGGUUGCAAACGAAGCCACGGCACUAAAAUUCUCGCGCAACUGUCACCAGUUAAUCGAAAGCCCCACGCAAGAUCAUUGGACCCCCACCAAUACAUUCAUUACAUUUCUUCUUCAUCGAGAACCUCCUACCUCCGCUCCGUAUUCAGGAACCUACCACAAACACCUAUGCCGGAUCCCGGCGAAGCCCCGCCACACUCUUCCACUUCAACUGCGAAAAUUCUCUUCAAGAGCUACGAACUCGGCCGCCUCCUCGGUGUAGGUGCCUUCGCCAAAGUAUACUACGCUCGCCACACUCGCUCCGGCCACGGCGUCGCCAUCAAAAUCAUAAGCAAGUCCAAAUCCCUCCGAUGCGGCCUCUCCGUUAACAUCCAUCGCGAGAUCUCCGCCAUGCGUCGCCUCCACCAUCCUCACAUCAUCCGUCUACUCGAAGUCCUGGCCUCGCGCUCCACCAUCUACUUUGUCAUGGAGUACGCAAAAGGCGGUGAACUCUUCGCCCGCCUCUCAUCCCGAGGCCGCCUCCCAGAACACCAAACCCGCCGCCUUUUCCACCAGCUCAUAUCCGCCGUCGCCUUUUGCCACUUCCGCGGCAUCUUCCACCGAGAUCUCAAGCCCGAAAACCUCCUCCUCGAUGAAUCAAAUAACCUGAAGCUCUCUGAUUUCGGACUCUCCACUGUUAAAUUCGAUGGAGAGGCACUUCUCCAGACGCUCUGUGGUACGCCCGCAUACGUUGCACCGGAGAUCCUGUUGAAGAAAGGGUACGAUGGCGCUAAGGUAGACAUCUGGUCUUGCGGUGUUAUUCUCUUUGUGAUGAAUGCGGGGUUUCUUCCAUUUAAUGAUCCGAAUCUGAUGGCGAUGUAUCGGAAGAUUUGCCGAGGGGAAUUCCGAUGCCCUAAAUGGACUUCGGCUGAGCUGAAGCGGCUGAUUUCGCGGCUGUUGGAUACGAAUCCGGCGACGCGGAUUACGAUUGAGGGAAUAUUGGAUGAUCCGUGGUUUAGGAUAGGGAUGGAUGAGGAGAAUAUGAGGAGAUUGAUGAGAUUUCGAGAGGAUAUUGAGGAUCGGAUCUUGAAGAUUGAAAGCGAGGAUGAUGAGAGGGAUUUGAAUGCGUUUGAUAUAGUCUCAAUGUCGGGGGGAUUUGAUCUGUCGGGGUUCUUCAAUCCCACGGCGGCGGCGAGGGAGAUGUUCGUGGUUGGGGGAAGGGUGGAGGAGAUAUUGGAGAGGGUGGAGGUGUUGGGGAGGGGAGAGGGUUUGGGAGUUCGCCGACGGAGGAGAGGUGGGAAGGGGAGGGGCGGUGCUGCCGUAGAGGGCAGGAUGGGGAGCCUUGUGGCGUGGGUGGAGGUUUUCCGAUUAUCUCCAGAGAUGGUGAUGGUGUUGGUGGAGAGGGGGAGUGGGGAGGAAGCUGAGAGGUUAAGCGGUGAGUUCUGGAAGGAGAGUUUGGUGACGAGAGCGAAGAGAAAUGGCGACGAGCUGCCGCAACCGCCGGCGGUGGAAGCGGUCGGCGAAGCCUCGGCUAGUGGCGAGUCGACGAGCGGUUCAUGAUUACGUUCACCGCCACGCCGGUUUCGAGUACAUACGUAACGUCGGCCGCCGAGAUGAUAAAGGUUGCGCCGGGUUUUGAGUACGCGGUACGGUUCGGUGGGGUGGGAGAUGAACCGGAGCCAGCUGCUGGAACCUUCCUAGCUCGACCGGGCUUCACUGCUCGACCGCCUGACCGGCAAUAGAAGUCAUUUGGAGUAGGAAGAUGAUGCUGUAAAUAUUUGAAUAAAUUUCCGAAAAUUUUUUGUAUCGAUAAAUUGUAACUUCAGUUUGUAAUUAUAAUACUUAUGCCUAAAAGUAGAGGUGUCGAUUAUUGACCCGACCCAAUAA